AAGCGUCUGGCGGACUCGCCCCGCGCCGCGGGCUUGCUGACGUCACCGGGAGUGAACGCUCGCUCGCGGACGGAACGCAUCGCGGAGCAGACCAUCAUGCGGCGGGGUUUCAUAUCCUGGGAGCUGCAGAUGAGCGGGAUCCACUGAGUAGCAUGGCUCUGCUAUGGAGGAGGGGCGUGUCACUAUCGGAGCCUUCAGGGAAUGACUCUCUGGUUGGCAUGGCGCCGGGGCCCGGGGUCGUUACGGUGGCCCCUGGGGGUCACAACAGGUCGUGGGAGACGCCCAUCUUCCUCAUGACCCCCGCUGCUCAGACCAUCUCUGGGUUCUUCACCUGGACGGCUCUGCUGCUCACCUGCCAACAGAUCUACAUGCACCUGCGCUACUAUAACACUCCUAACGAGCAGCGGCACAUCGUCCGCAUCCUCUUCAUCGUGCCGAUCUACGCCUUCGACUCGUGGCUCAGUCUGCUGUUCUUCACUAACGAGGAGUAUUACGUUUACUUCGACACCGUCCGCGACUGCUAUGAAGCGUUUGUCAUCUAUAACUUCUUGAGUUUGUGUUACGAGUAUCUGGGUGGCGAGAGCGCCAUCAUGGCCGAGAUCAGAGGAAAACCCAUCCAGUCCAGUUGUGUUUACGGCACUUGUUGUCUGUGGGGCAGAACAUACUCCAUCGGCUUUCUGCGCUUCUGCAAACAGGCGACGCUGCAGUUCUGUGUGGUGAAGCCGCUGAUGGCCGUGAUCACCGUCAUCCUGCAGGCCUUCGGGAAAUACAGAGACGGAGACUUCAACGCGGCCGGCGGUUAUUUAUACGUGACCAUCAUCUAUAACGUCUCGGUCAGUCUCUCGCUCUACGCUCUCUUCCUCUUCUACUUCGCCGCUCGUGAUCUGCUGGAGCCGUACGGCCCCAUGCUGAAGUUCCUCAUGGUCAAAUCCGUCAUCUUCCUCUCCUUCUGGCAGGGGAUGCUGCUGGCGAUUCUGGAGAAAUGUGGCACGAUUCCUCGCAUAAACUCUCCUGAUGUCAGUGUGGGGGAGGGGACUGUUGCCGCCGGUUACCAGAACUUCAUCAUCUGCAUCGAGAUGUUCUUCGCCGCUCUGGCGCUCAGACACGCGUUCACUUACAAGGUCUACAUGGACAAGAGACUCGACAUUCAGGGUUGUGUUCCUGUCUAUGGCCAAUACGGUCGUGCUCCCAUGAGCAUCUCCAGCAGUCUGAAGGAGACGAUGAAUCCGGGUGACAUGCUGCAGGACGCUAUCCAUAACUUCUCUCCGGCGUAUCAGCAGUACACACAGCAGAGCUGCUCCAAGCCACUGAGCCGCUCCAACAGCUGCAGCAACGAGAAAACCCUGCUGCUCAGCUCCGACGACGAGUUCUGACGCGCUCGCGUUCACUUACAAACAGUGAGAUGAUGAUCACGAUGCCUACAUAGACAGCAUGUUUAGGCAGCAUCAGUGCUUCCAGACAGAACGCAGCAAAACUACUGUAUGCUACCUUGCGGUACGUCAUUGUGGCCAAAAUAUUGAGAUAGAAUACUUUAAUACAGUGGUUCUCAAAGCUUUCAAAUCAGAGCACAAAUCAUUCUAUUAACAGUAGUGGAAGAAUGUUCUGGCAAGGUUCUCUCAGUUACGAACUUAUGUUCUCAAAAUGUUAGCACAAAAGCAUUCGUUCAUCGUUCAUUGUUCACAAAACAUUGUUCAUGGAAAGUUUUUUCCUGAAAUGAUUAAAUUGGAAGUUUGUGUAACAGUUUUAAAAUGUUACUACUUGUUCCGGAAUGUUCAGAGAACAUUCAAAAGUAGCGUUCUUAUAAUGUUUAUACAGUGAUAAAGCGUAACGUUUCCCUAAGUCAUAUAACCAAGAGAAAACUUUUUAAAACAUUUUUAAAAAACUAGGCAUUCAGAACAUUCAGAAAUAACUUAACUAACAUAACUUUAUGAGAACAUUAGCAAAACAUAUUCAUAAUACGCCGAUUUUGAUUCAUAUCAUAUUCUGAUCAAUAUCAAUAACCCAGUAUUGUUAGUUCAGAUAAAUCAUGACGCUAUCAGGCCCUUUUUUAGGGCUCAUCCACAUGAGGCCAGAGCACUAAAAAAGGGCUAAUCCAAAAAUACAAUCCUUUUUUUUUCUUCUCGUUCUCAAGAAAUAUCUGCGUACAGUACAUUCAAAACCCCCGAAACCAUGUACAUUCGAAACCACUCAAAACAAUGUAGUACAUGCCAGACCAGUAUGUGGCGCUGUAAUUCUGCCACAGAGGAGAAGAUGACUUGGAGCAUGCAUAAACCUUGUGCGCUGUAUACAAACCCAACACAACGACAAGACGACGAACAUGGAACAAUACUGUUAUUACACUAUUUAUUAAUCUGUGUUAAUGUUAGCUACUAAAAAUACAGUCGUUUACAGUCGGUUUAAAAAAAUAGCAGUUUCAGGCUCCCAAAACGCCGCCGGAUCCGUCUGGACGAAACACUGAUACGAUACAGUUUUUUUACGUAUACAGCUAUACGUGUCUCCAUGUGGACGGGCCCUUAGACUUGACUACAAGAACUUGUUUUCAGCUGCUUUUCCGCACAUUUAAAAUCAAAUGAAAGAAUAAACAUUUGCGUAAAAUAAUCUUCAGAAAUAGAAAUAUAUUAGUUUAAAGCUGUGGUUUGAUAAUCACUGGUUUAAUAUUCUAACUGGAGCACUGUGUGUGUCACUUGAACCUGCUGCCUGUGUAGAGCGUCUCAAAUCACUCACUAAUGAGGGUUUAUUAGCUGUAGUAGAUCUGAAAGAGUGAGACAGACUGGAGGAUGAUUAUGAAUCAUAAUGAUGUGCCAUAUAAACAAAAACGCUCCUCUCGGCACUUUCUACAUGUAUAUUUCAGGGUAACGUUAAGAUUUAUUUACAUGAAGUAACUAGAUUAUAAACUGCUGCAUAAUAAACUACAGGAGGAACUAGUUCAUGACUGAAAUGCCUUAAACAUCUCUUACUCUCAUGUGGUUCACACUGCAUUGAGAACUUUACCAUAGUAAAUAGCUGCAGAUUUGAAUGAAUCGGUUUGAUGUCUCUCAAUUUUCUUCUCACUCUUGAAUGUUUUCCUGCUGUUUUAUUCUGUUCCUCUGAGUAAAUGAGACUGAAAUCUCUGAUGUAAAGAUGAGGGAAAUACAGAUGGGACACAGAUUAAACCUCACAGAUGUU